CAUCAAUUUCUUUUCGUUCUUUCAAAGGUUUUGAGAUUUUUUUUUUCUUUUAAUAAGAUUAGACAAUCGCCAUGAGUUUAGAGAGUGAUAUCAAAGGCAAACAAGUCGUUGAACCAGUUGAUGUAGACAAUUGUGUGGUUUGUUUAGAGCCAUUGACUAAUGAUGCUGAAGAACGAACUGUGGUUAAACUUCGAUGUAGCCAUGAGUUUAGAGAGUGAUAUCAAAGGCAAACAAGUCGUUUCUGCUGACGAUUGUGUGGUUUGUUUAGAGCCAUUGACUAAUGAUGCUACUGAACGAACUGUGGUUAACCUUCGAUGCAGCCACAAAUUUCACUUGGAUUGUUUGGGUUCACACUUCAAUACAAAGAAGAGUAUGGAAUGUCCAUGUUGUAGACGGAUCGAAAAAGGUCAAUGGUUGUUACCAAAACCUGUAGAUGUCGACCCUCCCUUUCCGAAUAUCUUUGAUAUGCAUUUUCAACUUGACUUAAGCAAUAAUAUAGACGACAUGGCAACCAGGGUGGGGAGUGACAGUACUCUGCAGCCUCCUAUUUUUACUACGUUACCUCUAGAUGUUCCGAACCAAAUCACUGACAAUCGCAACGUGAGGACGCACCAUUGGGGUGACACUUCGUUGGACAGAAGGAUGCAGCGUCAUGAGAUAGACGAACAUGUAGCCCUUUUUGUUGGUAGAGAACGUCGUUUACACGACAUGAUAAAUCAUCUUCAAGGCAGGACCGGAGGAAGUGGUUAUGGCAGUGAAAGAAGCGGUGGGGAAGCGGUGGCGGAGGAAGUUGAGGCGGGGGAAGAAGCAGAAGGGGCGGAAGUGACGGAAGAGUAGAUGUGGUGGUGACAAAAGGAGAAGUUGCGGCUCGGAAAUAAUAUGGUUUAUGUGAUCAUUUAGACUUUGCUUCAUUCGGUUUUUUUUUUUGUUUUCGAGAACUUGUUAUUUUGUGGAUCAUAAAGUUUUAUGGCUUCU